AUGGUUCUGCCUAUCAUAAUUGGCUUGGGCAUAACAAUGGUCGCUCUGAGCGUCAAGUCUGGCCUCAGCGCAUGGACCGUUUACAAGACUUUGUCCCCUUUGACUAUAGCAAAAUUAAAUAGUAUCCGUAUAGAAAACCCGACAGCAGGCUACCGCGACGCACUCAAGUUCAAGAGCUCGCUGAUUGACGAGGAGCUAAGGAAUCGACUGAAUAGGUACCAGGGGGGCUUUGCUCCCCGCAUGACAGAACCUGAAGCUUUGCUCAUCUUGGAUAUCUCCGCCAGAGAGAUUAACCACUUGGACGAAAAGCUCCUGAAAAGAAAACACAGAAAGGCCAUGGUACAGAACCAUCCGGACAAAGGCGGAAGUCCCUACAUGGCAGCCAAGAUAAACGAGGCCAAAGAGCUUCUCCAAGAGAGCGUUUUACUAAGAAAGAGAUAA